AUUUAGGGGAAACUUAAAUUUCUACGGUGAUGAAAUGGGUGAAAAGCGCGUGACAAUUUUUACACACUUGCAGAAUGGAUGUAAGUUCACUGGUACCGGCGGGUCUUCUAGCGGGGCGAGUGGAUCUCUUCGAGAUCCAGGCUGGUUACAAUAAGUUCUCCGAAAAUUUGCGAAGGUUCACGCCGCAGGCCAUUCAGUGCGCGAUAUUCUGCGGUGGUUCCAGGUGCAAGUAUGAAAAUCCAAAAGCUUGGCCACCCGUGCACAUGGCGAUACAGAACAUCUUCUCGCAUUGGGUGACCGACGACGUUCUCGCGAUGGCACGACCGAACACCGCGCAGAUAGUAAGAAAAGACAUAAUUGCACAGUUUCAAGGGUGGAGUAUAAAAACUAUAAUAAACCUGCAAACGCCCGGCGAGCAUGCGAGCUGCGGCGGCCCACUCGAGGAAAGCGGCUUCACUUACGAUCCGAAUGUCUUCAUGAGAAAUGGCAUUUACUAUUACAAUUUCGCGCUGAAGGACUAUGGGGACGCGACGAUGGGCAAACUUCUGGAUAUGGUCAAGGUCGUGGCCUUCGCCGUGCAGGAAGGAAGAGUAGCAAUCCACUGUCACGCUGGAUUAGGCAGAACCGGGGUUCUGAUUGCGUGCUACCUCGUUUACAGUCUUCGUGUGCGCGCGAACGACGCCAUAAGAUUCGUUCGCAUGAAACGACCAUCGGCGAUACAGACACGAGGACAGAUACUCUGCAUUCAGGAAUUCGAGCAUUUCGUUCUUCCACAGAUGAUAGUUUUCCCUUUGACCAGCACGAUAGGCGAUCGCAAGCCUUGCAGCCUUCAGUCGCAUUUGAGGAAACAGCAAACCGUCCUGCACGGAUACGAGCAACGGACCUUCAAACACAUUCCAAAGAUCGUCUUCACUAUUUGCGAGCGAAUCCUUCAGCUCUGCGACUGUCAGGACGACAAUUCGCCGUGCGAGAUCCAAUACACGGUCUCCACCACCCCGUUCACGAAUAAAUUUAUAUCACACGUUUUGGAAAAAUUACGCGACAGCAAGGCAAACAUAAGGCAUUCGUAUUCGUGGGCAGAAUCACUUGCAGAUUCGUCUUUCGACUGUUCAACCUCCACAAAAGCUUGUGCAAGUGGUAGCCAAGCAUCCUCUAGAGACACUUCCGACGACAUUGGACGAUUAAGCGACUUGUACUGCACUUCUCCGGAUACUCCAUCUUGCGAUUCCACAUACCCAGGUUUAGAUGACAGUUGCGUGGACGACGUUCUCGGUGACGGGAUCCACGGCCAGGAUCUCGUCGACAAUGAUUGCUACAAGGAGAUUCAGUCGCACAUGGACUUGAAGGUUGCUGCUCAGAACGCAGCCUUCGAAACUGUGAACACCGACGAGGCGAUCAGAGCUCUGAUCAAAGACAACGCGAUGUUGCCUGAGAAGACCAGGAAAAGCUUACAGGAAUAUCAGGUGGAUCUGAAUCACAGGUCCACAGCCUGGCAGCGACUCCAAAUGGAAACCGACAUGGGCGUUUUGUGCGGAUUGCUCUUCGAGUGGUUGGAGACGCUGAAGCGUCCCUUGUUGGACGUAGAUAGCCUAAGUUACAUCGUGGCGUGGGGUUCCAAGCCCCAACGAUGCCUCGAGAAACUGUCCGUUUGCAACAGAUACCUCCUGGAGUAUCUGCUACGAUUUGUGAAUCGACUCAGGCCGAUGACAGCCGAAAGCCAGAGCCUGAUAACGAAACGGUUCAUGGCUGCUCUCACGCAGCAAAGUAUCUGGAUCAAGAGUUCCUUCUAUCCUUCCAACAAAAAUUUCCAUAAGUUGCGACGGGGAACCGCGGCGAAGCUCAAUGAAUUUUUCAUCAGAUUGUUGAACCUGAUAGAGGAGGUCAACGUGCAGGAAAUGGAGAAGCCCGCCUUGUUGUCCAAGUGGGAAUUGGUGUCCAAUCAGUUGCGGCAAAUAGAAACUCAAAGGGGCGAAAUGCCGAUUUGAAUCGACGCUGAUAACGAG